AGUUUAAGUUCGCAGUAAUGAAUUUUGCUCCGUCCGAUGGAUACCGUCGUUAACUCUGCGCUCGAAGAAAUCUGCUCCAAUGGCGAUUCCGGUCUCCAUCUCUCGAAGCUAUGGCCGAAGCUACAGCCUUCAAUUUCCAGUCAAGGCUUUAAACUUUGCCCAAACUUCAAAAAAGUUCUUUGGUUUAACCUCAUUGACAUUCCGGGCCUUAAAUUCGAAUCUAAUGGCAUUGUUUAUAGUUCGAUGGAUAGUUGUGUUCGUUCGUUCGAGGAAAGUGAGCGAUUAGAUUUGAAAAUCAUUGCGCCGGAACAUAUGUGUGAUGGUUUUAUUGGAGUUUAUGAUAUUGAGGCCUCCGAUGCUAAGCUGUCUAAGCAUGAACGUCGUGUUCUUCGUUGCCUUGCUACUGUUAGAGGAAAAGGAAUCGCGCAAAAUGAGCUUGGCAAAGACUUUAAGAUCAAAGGAAACGAUAUGUUCUACAUAGUGAGGAAGCUUGAAAAACGAGGAUUGAUUGUCAGACAGCCAACAAUCCUUAGGAUUAGAGACAUGGCUGGAGAAGGGGACUUCAAUAAGGGUCCAGUUUCCACUAAUAUGCUCUAUUUAUCUCGCUACGCAAAGAAUUUGGGUAGUCAACAAAGGCUUGAGAUAACCAAGGGGGUUAAUUCCAUGGAGGAUAGUGAGAUCGCUGAUGGUGAAGAUGAAAAUAGUGUUGGUGUUUCUGAUGAACCUCUUGAUGUAGAUCUAUGCGUAAAAGAUUUUCUUCCGGAACUAGAAGCUGUCUGUGAUAAGCUUGAAAAUGCUGAGGGAAAGGUCCUUGCUAUGGCUGAUAUCAAGCCAGAACUUGGUUAUCAAGGGACUCGUGGGCAUAGGAGAUGGAGAUAUAUUCUCAAGAAGCUGAAGGAGGCUCAAGUGGUGAAGGAGGACGAUGUCAUUAUAGACGGGAAGGAGGUCAAGUGUCUACAUCUGUUGAAGGGGUUUUCACCAAAACAUUUUGAAACAAUGAUCAAAAAGGCCAAGAGAGGUCAUAUUUCGGACCUGCUUUUAGAGCUUCCUAUUGAGCAUCAAAUUUAUGAUAUGGUGGAUGCUGAGGGAGAUAGAGGGUUGCCCUUCAAUCAGGUAUGCAAAAGGCUGGGAUUAAGCAAUAAACAACACUACAAUCGGCUGUUUGAUAUUGUUAAUAGAUUCGGAAUACAUAUGGAGCCAGAACUCAUGAACAAAGCCAAGGGUUACCGACUCUGGACUCCUGGAAACCAUAACCCUGGAGCUUCAACUAUCGCUCUGAAUAAACCAGUAGUAGACCCUUCCGAAAUUUCUGGCUGCACUCCACUUGAAACACAUAGAGAAUUUCAAGAGAACUCAGCAUUAGCCAGACAAGAUGUGGAUGCUUCAGUUCCUGAAGGUAAUGGUGUAGCUAAUAGCCAAAAUGUAAGCACAGGAACUUUCCCCAAAGUUUCUGAUGGCUUGGUGCUGGAUGAAAAGGAUGAAUCUGUCCCAGUUUGUCUGAGCAGUUCACUGAACUCGACCAUCAAGGUAAUCAGUACCACUUCUGAUGCAGAGGUGCAGAUAGUGAGUGCAGCAGCAUCAUAUGUUGCUCCAGCAGACGCACUGGCUCUUGCUGUGCCGACACCUUCAAGACGCCGAUCUUAUCCGAGGUAUCCCUGUCUCACAUUGGAAGCAACCAGUGCAAAGAGGGAGCAGUGGAUACUUAAACUUCUACAGGAGGAGGAGUUCCUGAUCAAAUCAGAGCUAUACAAACGGCUUCAGGAUCUUGAGAAGGAGAAGACAACAGCGACAGACAGAAAGACCUUAGAUCGUUGCCUGAAAAAUCUCUUGCAAGCAGGACAUUGUAAACUUAUCGUUGCUUAUGUCCCUGUUCUAACAAAUUGUAACCACAGUCGUAGGAUACAGGUGGUUUUGCACCCUUCAGUUCCUAGUGUAUCUGCCGAACAGAUUCAUGAGAGAUUCAGGUCUUUUGAAACACAAAUCCGCACUCAAUCCUCUUCUCAAUUGAAAACAGGAGAGCCAUCUCCUCAACUGAAUGAUCUCACCAGGACACAUCAAAGCAUAAAAUUGAACCAAGCUGAGCGAGCUGAAGCUAUGCGUACAAAUGGAUUUGUACUGGCCAAGAUGGUUCGCUCAAAGAUUUUUCAUAUCUAUGUAUGGAAAUAUGUGAACAGUUUGCCUGGUUGUGAAGAUGUUUUGUCAUCUUUUAAAGAUGGUCAUGACCUAAAAAAUCCUCAUAGUACAUGUAAAUUAAUUGAUUUAAAUGCAGCUAUUAAGGCCAUGCCGCUUGAACUGUUCUUACAAGUUGUUGGCUCUACUCAAAAGUUUGAGGAUACGAUCGAGAAAUGUAAAAAUGGGUUUCGCCUUUCUGAUCUUCCUCUGUUGGAGUACAAGCAUUUGAUGGAUAUCCGAGCGACUGGACGGCUAUCAUCAUUGAUUGACAUUUUACGACGUUUGAAGUUGAUUAGGCUUGUAUGUGGUGGACAUCCAGAAAACACUGCAGAUCUCCCUCAUACUACUCUGGUUCACGUAUUGGAGCUUAAACCUUACAUUGAGGAACCUGUUUGCUUAGUGGGUUCAUCUCAUUCUAUUCAUUGUCCAGAUCUUCGCCCUCAAAUCAGACAUGAUUUUGUUCUUUCAAGUAAAAAAGCUGUGGAGGAAUACUGGAACACUUUGGAGUAUUGCUAUUCUGCUAGUGAUCGUAAAGCCGCUUUGCAUGCAUUCCCCGGCUACGCAGUUAAUGAGGUAUUUCUUUUCCGAUCAUGGGCCUCAGUCAGAGUUAUGACGGCUGAUCAGCGGGCUGAACUCCUUAAGCGUGUUAUUAACGAUGGCCCACAGAGGAAACUUUCAUUCAAGGAAUGUGAGGAGAUUGCUAAUGAUCUGAAUUUGACUCUUGAGCAGGUCCUUCGUGUCUAUCAUGAUAAACGACAACGACGACUUACCAGAUUUGAUCGAGCUUCAGAUGCUGGAAAGGACAGAAUUCAGCCAAAUCAAGGUACACCUACAUUAUCUCCAAAGAAAAGGAAAAGACCUGUAAGAAGGAAAUCUUCAAAGCAUGCUGAGGCUGGUACCGAGUUUGGACAGCCCCAGCCAUUGAGCCAGAUAGCCAAUGAGGAACAAAGCUCUUUCUUGUCUACUUCAUGCACACAGACAUGCAGUUUGGAGGGAUAUCACCUUCGAGAUGACAUGGUGGCUGCUGAAGAGUCAGAAUUACCUGAAGAUGAUGUGGUAGGACGUGCUUUUCUUGAUAAAUAUGCCUUGUCAAGAGCGAAGCCUACACGCAAGGGAAGGUUCUGGUGGACAGAUGAUGUGGAUAGGCAACUGGUGAUUGAAUAUGCAAGACACCGAGCUUCUCUUGGAGCAAAAUUCAAUCGUGUAGACUGGGGAAAGCUUCAAAAUCUUCCAGCACCGCCUGAUGCCUGCAGAAGGAGAAUGGCAUCGUUGAGAACAAAUCGACAGUUCAGAAAAUCUGUUCUGAGACUGUGUAAUGUGCUUAGUCAGCGUUAUGUGGAUUACCUUGAGAAAUCCAAAGAUAAAAUAUUGCACCAUGAAGGUCAUCAAGCAAUGCAGUGUUAUUGUCUUAAAAAUACCUCGAACUUCCUCUCUCAAGAUCCAUGGGAUAACUUUGAUGAUGCCAAUAUAAAAUUGGCCCUGGAAGAUGCUCUGCAAUACAAAAAGAUAUCCAAAUCGGAGACCUUGAAUGAUGUUCAACCUUUCUUUGAUAACUGCUCAGAUGUUAAUACUGAUGAAAGACAUGGUUCUUGUGGUCCUCAAUCAAUUUUACCAGUUUCUUGUGGCCAAUAUGUUGAAAAUUUUCGUGAAAAGACUGAAGAUUCUGGUACACCAAUAAGCUCAAAUAGGAUCCCUCAGAAGUAUGUGAAUCUCACAAUUGGCGGCAUCCCCAUCAGUAAACGAUUAUAUGAAUCAGCAGCAGUUGCUAAUGCUGCAGAGCUAUUUAAGCUCAUCUUUCUCUGUAGCUCAAAAUCUCCACUUGUGCCAACCUUGCUUGCUGAAACUUUAAGGCGCUAUUCUGAGCACGAUCUCUUUGCUGCUUUUAACUAUCUCAGGGACAAAAAAGUUUUGAUUGGGGGCCAUUCCAAUUGUCCUUUUGUCCUUUCUCAAACCUUCUUGAAUUGUAUAGAAUUUUCUCCAUUCCCAAGUGAUGCAGGAAAAAGAGCUGCUAAGUUUGCCAGCUGGCUUUGUGAAAGAGAGAAGGAAUUGAUUGCUGAGGGGGUGGAUCUUCCAACGGAUUUGCAGUGUGGAGAUGUUUACCACCUUCUUGCUCUGCUUUCUUCAGGAGAACUAUCAAUUGCACCAUGCCUACCCGAUGAAGGUGUUGGAGAGGUUGAGGACUCCCGGAUAUCUAAACGCAAGUAUGAUGACAGUGACUUUUCUGACAGUGACAGGUAUAAAAGGCUGAAAACUUCAAUGGCUGGUGAUAGUGAGAUUUUCUCACGCCGUGCAAAAGGUUUUCCAGGAAUUAGGUUGUGCUUGAGGCAUGCUACACUUUCAAGAAUAAAAACUAUGGAUUUACUCAAAGACACUAACAACUAUACUCGCGCACAAUCUGUUAAAGAACAUCAAGCCACUGAUAUUAGCAGUGUCUCAUUGGACUCAGCUGACCAAGUAAAUGAACUUAAUGAGAGCGGGGUCCCAUUUACUGCAGUUUCUCCGACCGAGUCACCAUGGCAAGCCAUGACUACCUAUGCUGAGUGUGUUUGUUCCAUUGGUUCUUAUACGGAACAGAACUCUCUGGUAUAUCCGGAAAUGUUUAGAUCUGUUUAUUCAGCUAUUCAAAUGGCUGGUGACCAAGGUUUGUGCAUGCAAGAUAUCUCGAGGAUUCUAAAGAUGCAAGAGAAAAAGCUUUCUGAAGCUGUCGUUGAGGUGCUAGAAGCAUUUGGAAGAGUUUUGAAGGUCAAUGCUUACGACUCUAUUCGGGUGGUUGAUUCUUUAUAUCGUUCCAAGUACUUUUUGACUCCAGUGGCUGCUAUUCAUAAAGAUGCUACAUUAUCUCCUUAUGAAGAUUCUGAGGCUAAAAUAGAUGAGGAAUCUGCUACACAUAAUGGAGAAAAUCAUAAAGAUGUGGGGUUGCAGAAGGAAGUGCAUGGGAAUUCUGAUAAGGUACACAAAGUCACAAUUCUUAAUCUUCCUAAAGGGGAUGCUGAACCUUCAAGUGAAAAGCAAACCAUCAAUGUGGCCAAAGGUUGUAGACCUACUGAAGCUAGUUCACCCACAAGAAAUCAUCCAGAAGAACCAUAUGAGCUCCGCUCUACUGCUUUGCAUUUGUGUAAGCCAAUAUUGCCUUGGCUAAAUGGUGAUGGUACUACAAAUGAACGUGUCUACAAGGGACUUGUACGCCGUGUGCUAGGCAUAGUGAUGCAAAAUCCGGGAAUAAAAGAGGGUGAUAUUAUCUUCCACAUGCAUGUUCUGAAUCCUCAGAGUUGCAGAAGUUUGUUAAACAUUAUGAUCCUGGACAAUGUUAUCUUUGCGCGUAAGAUUCCUCAGACAAAUCCAGGCGGAGCGCCAGCAAUUCUGAGUAGUCUUCUUGGUAGCCAUUUCAAGAAGUCUAAGUUAAUUUCAAGGGAGCAUUUCUUUGCAAACCCCUCUAGUACACAUCUGUUGUAAUGAACAUAUAGUACAUAUUUAUGCAGGUAGACGUCGGAUCUAGAUAUCUAUUUGUUUUGAUCUUUUCGUUCUCCUGGUACGUGUUUGGGAUUGAGGCAUAGUUGUUGUCGUCAUCUCCUAGUGCUGAUCUUUGUAUAGUAAUUUCUCUAGGAAAAAAAUGCACAACUUGUAGCUCGAUCAGACACGGAAGUGGAUGUACAUGUAAUUUCAGGAUUUUCAGAAAUCCAGUAGCUUUUGCCUAAGAA